CGUUUCAAUAACUGGAGCAGCGGAUCUCGUAACCAGUAAGGUUCACCACAGAUCGGCAAAAUCGAAAACCUCAAUAGAACUCAAACUCAAAAAUGGAGGAAGAUAAAGCAGCUGCGUACUACGAAGAACUCACCCGCAAAGGAGAAGGCGCUGCAAGGUUCAAGCAAGGUCUCGGCUUCUCUAGCAAUAACAACAACAGCGAUUCUAAUCCUAAAAGAGGCUCAGCUCUUCCUUCAUCAUCUUCUUCUUUUCUUAGCAAUUUUGUCAAAUCCUCAAGCCCUACGCAGACCUCAAAAUUCGAAAAACAAGCGCAGCUUGAAGCUAUUCAAAACAAGCUCAAGAAAAGACCUAAGCAUGAGCCAUCAUCUACGGUUUCAGAGCGAAGCGACAGAGACUCAAACCAUAGGCAUCGUUCUAGGAGUAGGGAAAGGGAAAGAGACAGAGACAGAGACAGAGACAGGGACAGGGACAGGCAUCGCAGGAGGAGGAGCAGAAGUAGAAGCAAAGAGAGAUAUAGAGAUAGGAGAAGGAGAAGUAGAAGCAGGAGUAGGAGUCGGAGCGUGUCCCCACGUCGAGACCGGAGAUCGGACAGAAGAAAUCGGAGUCGGAGCUUAUCGCCUCGAGGCCGGAGGAGGUCAGAGAAGGGCAGGAACGUUGAUGUGGAGCGGGAGAGAGCUAAAAAGCAGAAGAAUGUAGGCCUUGAUUACUCCAAGUUGAUUCAAGGAUAUGAAAAAAUGACACCUGCUGAAAGAGUCAAGGCCAAGAUGAAACUUCAGCUUAAUGAAACUGCUGAGAAAGAUACAGAGAAAGGUAUGGGCCCUGGUUGGGAACGAUUUGAGUUCAACAAGGAUGCACCGCUUGAUGAUGAAGAAAUUGAAGCUGCAGAAGAUGAUGCAUCGCUUGUCAAACACAUUGGGCAGAGCUUCAGAUUUUCUGCUUUGGAGGCGAGAAGGGAAGAGGCAAUUAAAGCUGCUCAUGAUAAGGCCAUGUUUGGAGCACCAGCACUUCCAGAACCCACACUUUCAGACAAUGAACCUGAGGUAGACAAUGGGCAAAAGGAUAGCCAUAAAACUGAAGUUGCAGCAGGCCUUUUAAGUGAGAAGGUUCUUGCAAAGCAAAAAGUUUCAUGGCGUGACCGUGCACGUAAAGCAUAAUUAGAUCAAGCAUAAUUAGAUCGAGAAGAUGACAGUGUGACUGCUUAUAAUUGAUCAAGAAGCUGAUGACUGAUGGAGAACCUGAAUUCGCAUCGGCUGCUGCAAGUAAGAUUUUGAUACAAGUUUUGACCAAGAAAGGCACAACCUCUAAAAACUCCGUUGGACCAACCAUUUCUGUACUGCUCUUUGCAAUAUCCGUGAAAUGCUGUGAAGGGAGAAUGAUGAAAUUGCAGUGAAACUCCAGUGAGGUUUUGGGUUAUAUGGUUUGGAACACAGGAUAAAAGUUUCUCACAUAUAUGUGCUGAAAGGAGAAACAGUUUCUCCAACUCUUGUAGAAUCAUGUUAUUGUUUACUGGUUCGAGUUUUCUUCAAAACUUAAUUAUGUAUAUAUGAUAACGUUGUGUUGUUUUUUUCCUGUGACUUCUUACUUUAGGCACAAAUUAAAUGUCACCCUCAUUUCAGAGGUACACUGAUCCAAA